UGUUGCGGUCAGAGGAUUACACUCUGCCUCGUUCCCGUCUUCAGCUCAGGUCUUCUUCUUCCUCUCUGUCUGUUAUUUGAGGACCUGAUUGAGGACCAUGGGUGUGCUGGACAUCUUGACCUCCAUCAAAGAUCGAGCCGAGAAGUUUCUGAACGAGAAGAACGUCGUGACGGAUUUCCUGGGAAAGCUGGAGGAGAAAACGGGGAUAAAGAAGAAGAUCCUGGCAGCAGGUGCCGUCUCACUGACUGGACUCUACCUGGUUUAUGGAUACGGCGCCUCCCUCGUCUGUAAUCUGAUUGGUUUCGUCUAUCCAGCUUUUUAUUCAAUCAAAGCCAUUGAAAGUGCGAAUAAAGAAGAUGACACCAAAUGGUUGACGUACUGGGUGGUUUACGGCGUCUUCAGCCUGGGGGAGUUCUUCUCUGACAUCUUCCUCUACUGGUUCCCAUUCUAUUACGCAUUUAAGUGUCUGUUCCUGUUGUGGUGCAUGGCUCCCAUGUCGUGGAACGGUUCUCAGGUCAUCUACACCAAGGUGGUCCGGCCCGUCUUCCUCCGCCACGAGGCCACGGUGGACAACAUGGUGAGCGAUCUGAGCGGGAAGGCCAUGAGCGCCGCCGAGACCCUGACCAGAGAAGUUCUGUCCAGUCUGGUGAAGAAUCAAGCCCUGGUGAGGCCGGCACCGCAGCCUGAAGCCAAAAGUUUACCCAGUUCAUCUGCAGCAACAGCGUCGACAGCCAAUACUGCGUCAAAACAGGACGAAGACAAACCACCUUUCCUGGGUUAAUCUGCUGGGACGAGCUCUGUGUCGACUGAUGUCUGACCAAUAGCAGCAGAAAGGGGGCGGAGCCUCAGUGAGGAAGAGGAGGAGCAGACAGUGAACGUCUUCAUGGUGAAGAACCAGACUGGUGUCUUUUUUUUAUCAGAUGAGUUCUAUUUCUAUACCAGUGGGGUCCGAUUCUCUUCCUGUUGAUUUAAUGGAGUAUAUUAUGGGAUUACUAUGGGAUGGCUGUAUUUAUAUCAUUGUUAUUUUAGAUGAAAACACUUCAUGGAACCGACCCCUUGGCUCAGAACCAGCAGAAUCCACAGGAAGCACUCGACUAUUCUGGUGCUGUUAUUAGUGUUAUUAGUGACAUGAAACUGUCAAAAAGAGGAAGGAUUCAGUCGCCAUGGUAACCACAAACAACAGUGGAUCAAAGCAUCGCACUGAAACAUCUCAGGAAGAAUUAGAAGAGUCAGAAAAAUAAUGUUAUUUCAGGUCAUUCUUCUGUUUCCAGCACUUUCU